GGUGAACAGGCACUGCAGUGGACACCUCUGUCUGUUCCCGGGGUCCCUCCCGUCGAGGAAGAAACAUGGCGGCGUCCAUGCUGUGCAGGAGGACGGCGGUGUUGUGUAGGUCGUUAACGGGGAUUUCGUCCCAGAAAACGGUACUUUCUGCUAGCUGUCGGAAUGGCCUUCUGUUGCAGACAGCGUCCUACAACCCAAAACCUUUAAAGCUGAACCUCCGAGAGCCGUACAUCCCGGACAAGGACAGCGAGAAGACGCCGGAGUGGCAGAAGACGGCCCGGUAUGACAGGAAGCUGUUCGGUCGGUACGGCUCGGCGUCGGGCGUCGACCCCGCGUCUCUGUGGCCCAGCCAUGAGGAGCUGGACAAGAUUAUCGCGGAGGAAAAUGAGUGGCACCCUCCGUUAGAAGUGAUGCAGAAGAACAUCGAGGCCAGGGAGAAGCUGGAAACCGAAAAACGUUUGGCGAAAGAGAAAAUCAUCGCGGACAACAUGGCCAAAAUGCCCAAGAUGGUAGCUGACUGGCGCAGAGAAAAGCAUGAAAGCAAGAGAAAGUUAAAGGAGGAGAAAGCCCAGCGUACAAAGCUGCUGGCAGAGGCCAGAGAGCGAUUUGGCUUUGCAGUGGACCCCCGCAGCCCCAAGUUCUUGGAAAUGGUUGCUGAAAUAGAAAAGGAAGAGAGGAAGAAGAAGAAAUUGAUGAAACGCAGACUGAAAGAGGAGCAGGCAGCAGCCCCUGUCACACCUCCUGCUGCUGCUGCCUCAUAGUCUUGGACUGAGUCAUUUCAGACAUAAAUAACUGUCGGGCCCUGGGCGAACUGUAUUUAAUGGGAUGGGAAGCAUUCUACACAACACAAAUCAGUGGGACAGUUGUUUGAUAGUAUCCAAAAAACUGUUUGCUCCAUGUUUUGUGUUACCGACCAUAUCUGUUAUUAUCUGGAUUUAAGAAAUGUCCAUGGUUUGUUUUCUUCUGUAAAUAAACUUCAUCCAAAUUUGAAAACCCUGUUUGUUAAACUAUCAUUAAUGACCUCUCUAUGUAUUUAACUGUCACUGAAAUAAAUUCACCGAUGUA